AUGAUGUGCGAGGUGAUGCCCACGAUCAGCGAGGACACAGCCAUGAGCCAGCGAGGUUCUCAGAGCAGCUCCUCGGACCCGGAUUCGCACUUUGAGCAGCUGAUGGUGAACAUGCUGGAUGAGAGAGACCGUCUCCUGGACACGCUCCGAGAGACGCAGGAGAGCCUCGCCCUUGCACAGCAGCACCUGCAGGACGUCAUGUAUGACCGGGACUCACUCCAGCGCCAACUCAGCUCUGCACUGCCACAGGAGUUUGCAGCCCUGACGAAAGAACUGAAUGCUUGUCGAGAACAGCUGCUAGAGAAAGAAGAGGAGAUUUCGGAGCUCAAGGCCGAGAGGAACAACACCAGGCUGCUGCUGGAGCAUUUGGAGUGUUUGGUGUCUCGUCACGAGCGCUCCCUCAGGAUGACGGUGGUGAAGCGACAGCCUCAGUCUCCAUCAGGAGUCUCCAGUGAAGUUGAAGUUCUCAAAGCUCUCAAAUCCCUGUUCGAGCAUCACAAAGCUCUGGAUGAAAAGGUGAGAGAGAGGCUACGCGUGUCCCUCGAAAGAGUCUCUGCCUUGGAGGAAGAGCUAACUGCUGCCAAUCAGGAGAUUGUUGCCUUAAGGGAACAAAAUGCACACAUUCAGAGAAAAGUGGCGUCAGGGGACGGAGCUGAGGACCUGCUCGAAGGAGACUCACAGAAAGUCCAUGGCAAGCGCUUGUCGAACGGCUCGAUGGAGUCUGGUGACGAGGCAAGUCAGGUGGUGGAGCUGCAGGAACUUCUGGAGAAACAGAAUUAUGAACUGACCCAGAUGAAGGAGAGGAUGUCAUCUCUGUCGUCUCGCGUUUCCGAGGUGGAGCAGGAGCUGGAGACGGCGCGUAAAGACCUCAUCAAGAGUGAGGACAUGAACACCAAAUACCAGAGAGACAUCAAAGAGGCCAUGUGUCAGAAGGAGGACAUGGAGGAGAGGAUCGUGACGCUGGAGAAACGUUACCUCAGCGCUCAAAGAGAGUCCACAUCACUGCACGACAUCAGCGACAAACUGGAGAAUGAACUGGCCAAUAAGGAGGCUUUUCUUCGACAGAUGGAGGAGAAGAACAGGCAGCUGCAGGAGAGGUUGGAGUUGGCUGAACAGAAGCUGCAGCAGACGAUGAGGAAAGCAGAAACUCUGCCAGAGGUGGAGGCAGAACUCGCACAGAGAAUAGCAGCACUCACCAAGGCAGAGGAACGACACGGCAGUAUUGAGGAACGAAUGAGGCAUCUGGAAGGACAGCUGGAGGAGAAAAACCAGGAACUUUUACGGGCUCGUCAGAGAGAGAAGAUGAAUGAGGAACACAACAAGCGUCUAUCAGACACGGUGGAUCGUCUCCUUACGGAAUCCAACGAGCGUUUACAGCUCCAUCUGAAGGAGAGGAUGGCUGCUCUGGAGGAGAAGAAUGUAUUAAUACAAGAUUCAGAGAAUUACAGGAAGCAGCUGGAAGACUCCAUUCAUGAAAAGUCCCAGUUGGCGGAGGAGAUGGACAAAAUGAGGGCUGAACUCGAUCAGUUCCGAAUGAGGGCAGAGCCAACACUGUCACGGUCUCAUCUGGACACCUCCUCAGAUCUGCGUUACUCUCUUGGUUCUCUUGCUGAGUCUCAAUCUGAUUAUCGCUCCACUAAAGUGAUGCACCGAACAAGAAGAGGACGCAUGGGGCUACGCCGAGACGAACAGAAGGCGAAAUCUCUGGGUGAACACGAGUGGCGCACGCAGCAGCUCGGCGUGUUGGGCUCACACCCGUUCGAGAGCGAUACCGAGAUGUCAGACAUCGACGACGACGAUCGGGAGACUUUGUUCAGCUCGAUGGAUCUGCUCUCGCCCAGCGGACAUUCAGACGCUCAGACCCUCGCCAUGAUGCUACAGAAACAACUCGACGCCAUCAAUAAAGAGAUACGGCUGAUUCAGGAGGAGAAGGAGUGUACAGAGCAGCGGGCUGAGGAGAUUGAACACCGUGUAGCCAGUGUGAGUUUAGAGGGAUUGAAUCUGGCGCGUUCACUCAUCACCGCCUCGGCUACAGCGUCAUCGCUCGCAUCAUCAUCACCACCCAGCGGGCACUCAUCCCCCAAGCACACACCCCGCAGCCCCGCCCGGGACAUGGAGCGCAUGGGGGUCAUGACACUGCCCAGUGACCUGAGGAAACACCGGAGAAAGAUCGCAGCCGUGGACGAGGACAGCCGAGAGGACAAAGCCACCAUAAAGUGUGAGACGUCUCCUCCUCCAACGCCUCGUCAUGUCCGGAUGACACACACACUGCCCGCUUCCUCUCACAAUGAUGCACGUCUGGCCGCAGCAUUAGAGGCUGAUGCGGCUCUGAGCAGUGUAGCCAGCAGUCAGGACUCGCUCCAUAAACAACCGAAGAAGAAAGGCAUCAAAUCAUCCAUCGGCCGUUUGUUUGGCAAAAAAGAGAAAGGACGACUGGGACACAUGGGGAAAGAGAUGAUGGCACCAGGACCAGGUGGGGUUUCAGAUGUGGAGUUGCUCGCUCAGGAAAUGGCUAUAGGGAAACUGGGCACUCAAGCAGAGAAAGACCGUCGCAUAAAGAAGAAGCAUGAGUUGCUGGAGGAGGCGAGGAGGAAAGGAUUGCCUUUCGCACAGUGGGAUGGUCCUACUGUUGUCGCAUGGCUGGAGCUGUGGUUAGGAAUGCCAGCGUGGUAUGUGGCAGCGUGCCGGGCGAAUGUGAAGAGCGGUGCCAUCAUGUCGGCUUUGUCCGAUACGGAGAUCCAGCGUGAGAUCGGCAUCAGUAACCCACUGCACCGCCUCAAACUGCGCCUCGCCAUCCAGGAAAUGGUGUCACUGACCAGUCCAUCUGCUCCGCCCACUUCCAGAACCCCAUCAGGCAACGUGUGGGUGACGCAUGAGGAGAUGGAAACGCUCUCAGCGCCAUCUAAAACGAAGUCAGAGUCUGAAGAAGGAAGCUGGUCUCAGACAUUAGCAUACGGGGACAUGAAUCAUGAGUGGAUAGGUAACGAGUGGCUGCCCAGUCUCGGCCUACCUCAGUAUCGCAGCUACUUCAUGGAGUGUCUGGUGGACGCACGCAUGCUGGAUCACCUGACCAAGAAGGACCUCCGAGUUCAUCUCAAAAUGGUGGACAGCUUUCACAGGACGAGUCUUCAGUAUGGGAUCAUGUGUCUGAAAAAGCUCAACUAUGACCGCAAAGAGCUGGAGAGGCGGCGAGAGAGCAGCCAGCAUGAGAUGAGAGACGUGCUGGUAUGGAGUAACGAGCGUGUGAUUCGUUGGGUUCAGAGUAUUGGUCUCCGUGACUACGCCAACAUCCUGUUAGAGAGCGGAGUUCAUGGAGCGCUGAUCGCCCUCGACGACAACUUUGACUACAGCAGCCUCGCCCUGUUACUGCAGAUCCCCACCCAGAACACUCAGGCUCGUCAGAUUCUGGAGAGAGAAUAUAACAACCUGCUGGCGUUGGGUACAGAGAGACGGCUAGACGAGGAUUUCCGUGGCCCGUCAUGGAGGAGACAGUUUCCUCCACGUGAUAUUCAUGGGAUCAGCAUGAUGCCCGGAUCAGCAGAGACACUACCGGCUGGGUUUCGCCUCACAACAUCAGCACACACGCACCGAAUUCCAGCAGACGUGCAGCGGUUGGACAGUUCCACUGUGAGGACAUACUCAUGCUGA